ACAUUUUGCAACCGUCAUUUCUUUACGACAAGCAGACAAAGCCAUCCAAAGAAGCAAUGAUCAAGUGAUAAUAAAUCCUUACACAUUAGAAGGUUCAAACCCAAUUUUAAAGAAAUCUCAAAUUUUAGGCGUCAAAGAAAUACCAAAAUCAAAUGAUCAAAUUAAUCGAUUAUCAUGGCUCCAAAGAUUGUGCAAUGUAUUUGAUAAAGAAAAAAAUAAACAAGUCAGAGAAAAAUUAAUAAGAGAAUAUAACACUCCAUACUGGAAAGAUUUAAUCGAAUUAAGAAAAGAUGGUGAAAAGUUAUGGGAAGCUAAUCCUGAGUUAGUCAGCGCUGAGGAUCCAAUCUUGUUUGAAGCAUUGGGAAUGAAUAAUUUGUAUAGGGGAUACACGUUCUUGGUUGAUUCAAAUUGUAAAAUAAGAUGGUCUGCCCAUGGAAAGGCGACAUCAAAUGAAUUAGAAACUAUGCUAAAAUUGACUAAAUUUUUAGGCAAUGAGA